CAGCAAGCAAGAGCAAGAACAAGGUCAGUGGUGCUACAACGUGCAACAAACCAGCAAUGGCCGCCACACCACCGUUUGAGCCGCAGCUGGAGGAGAAACAAACAGAGCUCCAGGGGGAAAACGUAGUGUAUCGGUGGAUAGAAAGGGGACAGGAAGCAGAGUCGAAGGGACAUGGGCAGUACUGGGUCCGGUGCAGACUAUGCACCGGAACAUUCACAGCUUCAAAGCCACGGGCAGUGGGACCACUUCCUGAAGAAGGGCAAACCAUCCACGUACAGGUCCGGGGAGAUGCUGCAUUUGCUUGCGCGGAGAGGAGUGAAGAUCCAAGGAGACGCAACGAAGACGAUGCUCCACCAAGACGGCGUGGAGAAGGGCAUUCCGGAGGACAGAGGGAUAGAGCCAUCGCCGAAUGCUGACAAGAGCACAGUUGAUAAUAUCGAGCAACAUUUGAGGCCCCCUCCUGCACCCGGGCGAGAGGUGUGGCGGACCGAGGUUGACGUUGUUCCUGACACGAGGGAGGAAGAAGCCAUCACUGCUGUGGCGCCCUCCUGUGUGGGCUCUUCGUUAGCUGCAGAGCAAGGCAAGACAACACAGACCUCCAUCCGAAGAUGGACUGAGAACAACUUGAAGGCCCAAAAGAGACUCGACAUGCAAUGGGGAAGGACAUUGUUUCGCUUCGGCGUCCCCUUCAAUUUCGUGCACGUGGAUGAGACACAAGCUCUUCACGACUCGUACACGGAGUUGGGGACCGCUAAGGCGAAGGUGGACAUGCCAUCGUUCGAUACUUUGAGAACUGUCAUUUUGGAUGUUGUCCACAAUGAGGUGAAGCCGUCGACCAGUGGGAUGUUUCAGGCUGCACUCUCAUCACGGAUGGCACGACAGAUCGCAAGUGGAGGCCUAAAGACGAGCGCCGCAGUGAUUGCUAAAUUGCGAGAGGAGGUCAUAAGAGAGAUAGGCGUCCACACGGUGAACGCAAUCUGCACCGACAAUGCUGGAGUGAACAAAGGGGCCGCGAUGAUCUUGUCACGAAGCGUCGAUCCGAACAUUGCAAAGAUUCCUUGGGUGCCAUGCACCGCGCACACACUAAGCUUGCUUUUGAAGGACGUCUCCAAACUGUCGUGGGUGAGCAAGAUAGUGAAGAGAACGAAGAUGAUGGCGAAGUUUACCAAGGACCACCAUCGUACGGUUGCCUUGUUCUCUGAGUGCUCGUUCGAGGAAAAGAAGACCCUGGGCGUGCCCACGGAUGUCAGCUUCGCCAAGGAUGUAGAGUGCUGGACAAAGGAGCCGCAACGGUGCGCAGGGGCAGGGGGCUCACUUGACGAGGCUGACAGAGCUGCUGCGAAAGACAUGGCGGACCGGGACCAUGACCUUAUGCAACGCCGCAUUCGUGAGGAAGUCGCACGUCGUGAGACUGUUCCCCUGCGUUCCAGGCUGGGCGCGCAAUUACCACGUCCAACGACCAGUGGGCAGCAGCAACAACCGGUGGAGCAACACCCCGACCACAUGGCAAACCAACAGUGGAACGAACUGGAGCAACAUGAUGAGCACCACCACCUCCCGAUCGAGCAGCAACACUUCCUGGUUGACCACCAGCAAUUCCCCAUUGACCAGCAGUCCGGUCAGCAAAAGCAGGAGGAGCUGGCGGCUGAGCACCGGCUGUGCAAUGAAGAGGAGCAAAAGUUGCCGGAUGAUCAGCAGCAUUUGUCGCACAGUCAGCAGCAGGCCGCAGGGCAGGAGCCUCAGCAAUAUCUACCUUCAUUCCCUCACUUGGACGAGACUCUCGUCCAUGACAACAUCAAUAUAAGCAGGGCGGGCAGGAAGUGGAAGAAUGUUUUCGAUCCCACUGCUGCCCCAAUGGUGAAACACGGCAGGGGGAGACCGAGAAAGGGAGAGGCGAAUACUGUGCAGCUGCCGCCUCUUCCACCUGCUGCAAGGCCCAAGCGCACAAAAACGGGGAAGGCAACAAGCUUGCGGCGUUGGAAGGUUGUCGAGGCGACUUUCGUAGAAGCUCUGACCGUCUGAGUCAGCAGACCGGGGAGCCCAACAGGAAUGUCAAGAACUAAACCGGAGAACAGCAAACGGGGGAGGCAACAAGCGUGGGCCGGUUCAGGCGACUUUCGUGGCCUAGGUCAAAAUCAGUUUUCUUCCGACCUGAUCAAUUCACCCAUGUCGUGAACUGGGUUAUACUCAGAACGUUUUUUCGGUGCUCACUGUUCAGGCAUCCCUCCUGUCGUGUUCAGUAGAUCAAGAAGGCAUUAUCCUCCAACAAACUAUGCAAAGAGUC